AAAUCUAUGACUUGUUAUAGAACGAAAUACGUAUCACAUCAUCAACAAAUGCUGUCAGAAAUAAACUUUUCUUCCGAUUCAGGAAGUUUGUCGAUUUGUUAAAGAAUUCACUAGGACUGUAAUCACAGUAUCCAACUAAAACUAUCGUGUCAACAGUUGAAGGAAGCAUUAUAUCCAGAUGUUGAAUACACUAAAUUUGAACAGCAUAGACAUACCAGAUGAUGAUGCCUUGUUUUGUUCUGGCCCAGCUUCUUGGAAUCAGCAAUAUUUGCCUGUAACAUCUCCAUCAUCAUCAGCAGUAGCAACAACAGCCGCUGUAGCCAAGCCAUCAACAGCAGGUAAAAACCCAGGAAAAACAGCCAGGUCACCAUCGAGGCAGCCAGUGUCGUCUGUGCUGCGCUUUCCCUUAACCAUACCAGAAACUGAAAGCAUGGGUAGAAACAGAGCUAACGGAAAUUUGGUUGCUUCAAGACAGAUGACAAAUGGUGAUGAGAGGUCAGGUGAGAGUCAGCUCCUAGUCAGUGCAGCCCCGAUUCAUGUUCCUGUGAGUAGGGAGGGAGGGGCUAUUCCUCAGACCUCACAGUUACAGUCUACUAAUAAUGGCCAGGCAGCAAGGUUACCGCAAACUAAUAUUGGCCUCAAUGUUGGUUUUUGUGAACCUGUUGUUAGACAUAAGGAGUUCAAAAACAAGGAAAACAAAACUAAAAAUGGAAUUGGGGUUCCAAAUAACCGUGCUGGAAGAAUGCGCGAAACUGAUGCAUUAAAUCCGAUACAAACAAGCAACAAUAGUGGUUGGAAACCUCAACUACAGGUGAAGAAAUAUGAUAAUGAUGUUUUGAAUGGUGCUGGUGCAGAACCUCAGAGGAAAGUUGAAAACAGCUCAAAGCAGAAAAAAGACAAUUUGAAUCGUAACAACUAUGCACAGACCCAUCUAAUGGCAACCCCUCCAAAUAACUCAGACGACAGUUUGGGGGUGAGCAUCCCAAUGCCUUCAGGACUUGACCCGUAUUGUGAUCCAAGGUCAAUCAGUCAUCACAUUUAUGUGAAAAACAACAAUGUUGACAAAAACAGUACUGGCCAGCAGAGGAGCAAGGGAGAUCCCAUACACAUCCGGCAUAAUGGUGGUAAGAUCCCAUAUGCAGCUUCUGCUGAUGUGCAUUUAGAUGAAGAUGAAACAUCACUGAAAGUGUGUGAUACCCCAAACCUGACACAGUACAAAAACAUCUGGGCAAAGAAUUCAGGGAAUGUCAAAAAAAGUGAUAGCAAAGCAAGAAAGGAAAGUGCCAUGAUUCAGAAUGACCUAGAAACUGAUAGUGCCUCCGGGCUUAAUGAAAAUACAACACUCUUAAAAUUAAGUCAUCCAACCAGAAUUGUAGCUAGUCCAUCAUCGGGUGCAGAUUUACAGUCGAUUGUUGUUCCAUAUGAACACAAAUCAUCCCGUAGUCUUUCAGACAGCUCUCUGAAUCUUCAGGGCACAUCACUUAACAGUGACUCAUUGAGAAGUUCAACAGGAAACUCUCCAAUAGACUUAAUAACAACUAUUUCAAUGUCCAUGGCACCAGCUUCUUCCAUCCAAACCACCCCGAUUGCAAGGCCUUACAUGGUCAAUACGGACCUUCCAUCUAACUUGCCCACAUCAAUGUUGUUUGGCAAUGGCAGUGAAAUGUCUCCUACAGAGGCAGGACAUGGUUCUAUGAACCAAGAUUUCAUCAUGGCCAAACGGCUUCAAGAUAUGUUUGACGCAGAAGCUGAGGCCUUACUACAUCAGCGGCAACAGGAAGAUCAGGAACAGCUGAACAGUGAAUCUCAGUUUUACGGUGAAAUAGAUCAAAACUUUGAGGAAAGUGCAGGAUUUAGGACAGAUGAUUUCUUACCACAAGGGGCAUUCCCACACUUCGAUUCUAUAAAUAGAACUGACAUUGCUCCAGUUUAUGAUCCCAAUCAUCGAGAGGGUGACUCAUUAUCGCCACAUCAGUCUGCAAGUUUGUACAUACCAUGUAGCCAUCUUGCUCAGACGCGACGAGAUAACAAUGGCAAAUCAUUCACAUCUGAAAGGCCGGAGAUCACUAUACCAGUAUCAAGGUUACAGACCACUGAUACUCCCUCAGAUUCAAAUGUUCCAGUGGAACCAAUCCAUAUACCUCAUAGUGUAGAAGAAUUGGUGCUAUCUGAGCCAGCAGUGACAGAGGUGCAUGCACCGACAGUGGUGUCCCUGACCCAGGAAAAUGACACACGCUUUGCCAGACGAAUGCAGGAGGAAUCAGAUGCAGAAUUAGCCAGGUUCCUACAGGAACAGGAUGAAUCCCCAUUAAUGUCUCAUAACCAAGACAGCAGGUUUGCUGCUAGGGGUCAAUCCCCCUAUGAUAGCCAUCGAUCCCUGCGUUCCCUGCUCAGACAUAACACCAGGCCCCUACAGGUUGGCCCAAGAGGAUUCCGUAGCCAGCUUAACAACAAUGUUGCUGACAAUCUUCGCUAUAGUCGGGACCGUCCUCUCCACAACCUGAGAAAUCGAUUCAGACUGAAUGAGGAUGAUGAUGUUUAUGACAGGCUGGACCCUGUUCACAACAUCGCUGAACGGGAUGCAGGCUACGACAUACCAGGAGGAGAUUAUUACUUACGUUACAACGAGUUCGACCCAGAUUUCAUGCAGGACGAAAAUGGGGGAGACCGGCUUGUCAGCAUUAAUCGUGAUCCCCAACUGUUGGCGUCGCUGCUGAUGACGCGGGCACCCGACAUGAUGAUCCCGGGCAACGUGGAUAUGAAUGAUUAUGAGGCCCUGUGGGAGCUCGCAGAGAACCUUGGUGAAGUCCGGAGGGUUGGGAUGGAGUCAGCUGAUAUCUCGCAUCUGCCGGUGCAUGUGUACCAGCCGUCUGCUACGUCUGACUCAGAUGGGGACAGCAAGACUGACUGCCUCGUCUGUAUGGAGGAAUUCCAGGCUGGGGAACGGCUGAAAACUCUGCCAUGCUGCCAUCUGUACCAUGUGGACUGUAUUGAUGAGUGGCUUAGGAGAAAUGCAGUUUGUCCAAUUUGCAGGCAGCCAGCGAUAUCAUCCACAUAAUUAUAAACAAUUGAAAAGUUUCAGUUAUUGAUAUUGUAUGUGCAAAAAAUAUGUGAAGAAAGAUAAUUGAGGAGAGCAAUACUUAUGGAUUGUAUGAUAAACAAUCUUGCUUACUGAACCAUGGAUGUUUGUUCUGUAUGGUGAUGAAUACCUGCGAUCAACCGACACUUUGUAGGGUUAUGUGAUAAAUUGCAUGAUUUUAAACUGAAAUAUAUUUCUAAAUAAUGGCAUCUUUAUGCACCUAUUUAAAUCGUCAGCUUUUAAUACACUUUCAUGUUACUGAAUAGUUAAUAUUUUUAUGCUUUUUUGAGGAAUCUGAUUCACAAAUAUGGCCAUAUCAAUUAUCUUGUGUUAUUUUAAAGUGUUUUUUAUGAUGAAAAUUAAAAAGAAGGCUAUUACCAAAAUUGACAAAACUGUUUUUAGUCUUCAAAGAUUGCAAACAAAGGUCUUUUUAAGUCCGAUUUAAGUUAAAAUAAAGACCAAUUAUAUAAUAUGUAAUGGCCUGAUGUAUGAUGGUGUUUCUGUCAUUAAUUUUACAUAUCUUAAUUAAUCACUAUAAAGCAAAUACAUUUCAAAUGAUAUCAAAAUUAUAUAGGGAAAAAAAUAAAACAUUAGGUUAUAGAGCUAUUGGAGAAGUAGCUUCUUUGUGGGUCAGAUUCCGUAAGCGGAUGAAUCAGCCCUAUUUUGUUGUAGUUUGAGCUUCUGCUGCUUAACAGUGUGAAUGCCUGUAUGUGAAUGUCAUUGUACUUAUAUUUGUAGUUACUUUAUUUCCUUGCAAUAACAUUGUUGUUUUAAGGUGUUGAAAGUUUCAAUAAUGCUGUUUAUAUGAGUUGUUAUAAUAAUGAACUAUAUUAGCCUAUAUUCACUAAUAACUUAAACCUGCGUUGGAGAUUAGCCGAAGUUAUACAAAUAAGCUAUUCAUCUCAUUUGCCAUUGGCUAUAAAUGUUGAAUUUAAAUGCCUGGUGAACACAUGUUCUUUUUCAUAAUUUGAAAGGUAUUUCUCAAUUAUUUAUUAUAUGUAAAAUAAAUUACUGAUUACGAACGGGGCUGUUUGUAAUAUUGAUCUCUGUAUAAGUUUAUACAUUCUUAAUAAUAUGCUUUCCAUUGGGUUAUAGUGUUAUAGUUAAAUAAAAUAGAUAAAUUAUCAAUUUUUAGCUCGACUAUUCGAAGAAUAAGGAGAGCUAUACUACUCACCCAAGCGUCGGUGUCACCCCUUGGUUAAGGUUUUACGUGCAAGCACACAUAGGUUAAUAUCUCAGCAACUACUUGAGGUAUUGCAUUGAGACUUGAUACAAUGGUACUCAACCAUCCAACCUACUCAAUUAACCAAGUUAGAUAACUCUACUUUGCAUUUAAUGCAAAUAAUAGGCCUUUAUUAUUUGACUAAGAUAUUCUGGUUAAGGUUUUGCAUGCAAGUACACAUAGGUUAAUAUCUCAGCAACUACUUGAGGUAUUGCAUUGAGACUUAAUACAAUGGUACUCAACUAUCCAACCUACUUAAUUAACCAAGUUUGAUAACUCUACUUUGCAUUUAAUGCCAAUAAUAGACCUUUAUUAUUGACUUAGAAAUUCUGGUUAAGGUUUUGCGUGCAAGCACACAUAGGUUAAUAUCUCAGCAACUACUUAAGGUAUUGCAUUGAGACUUUAUACAAUGGUAUUCAACCACCCAACCUAAUUGAAUUAUCAAGUUAGAUAACUGUGUUUUGUAAAUAAUGGCCCUUUAUUAUAACGCUUAAAAAUUCUGGUUAAAAUUUUUCAUGUAACCACAUUUAUGUUAAUAUCUCCGCACAUCAUGUAUUGCAUCGAAAUCUAAUCUAACAGUGAUCCAUGCAUGUUUCGCCAAAACUUUUUCAAUCCUUACAAUGAAAAGUGGCAGAAUAGUCGAGCACGCUGUCUCUGUGACAGCUCUUGUUAUAUUUCUCUUUGUUUUGAAAUUUUAGCCUGUUCUCAUGUUAAGAUCUGGUAGAGAUUUUUUAUACUUUUUUUUUACUUGUUGUUAUAUCUAGUGCAAUGGGGUUUUUUUAUCAGGAAAAAACAUGUGAUAAGGACUAUUCUAGGUGAAUAUUUAGUGAUAUUUUUUUUAUUCAAUUAGUGAACUUAUUUACAAUGAAAUUCUAGUGAUUAACAUUGAUAAUUAUGAUUUUUAUUAGCUCUACUGGCCAAAGGCCAGAAGAGCUUAUGCGAUGGUAAUGUGUACGUAGUAUGUGCAUCCGUGCAUCCGUGCGGUCGUGCGUCUGUAAACAAUUGCUUGUGAACACGAUACAGUCUUCAGUUUUGAUUGUAUCUCGAUGAAACUUGUACAGUAUCUAGAUAUCCAUUAGAGCUCGGUUCCUUUCGAAAACCAGCCAGAUCCGCCCAUGCAUGCCUAGAUUAUGGCCCUUGAUAGUAUAAAAAAAUGCUAUUGUGUAAACAAUUGGUUGUGAACACGAUACAGUCUUCAGUUUUGAUUAUAUCUCGAUGAAACUUGUACAGUAUCUAGAUAUCCAUUAGAGCUUGGUUCCUUUCGAAAACCAGCAAGAUCCGCCCAUGAAUGCCUAGAUUAUGGGCCAUGAAAGUUUUAAAGAAAUGCUUUCUAUUUUUAGCCAGGUCUGCAUGAGCGAAUUCUAUUUUUAGCCAAGUUUACAUGUAUAUGUUAAUUCAAGUCUAGAGUUAAGGGAGACAAUUUGCAAGUCUAGGAUUUUGAGAGACAAUUUGCUUUUUGCUUCUGCAGUUGAUUUUGUGAAUUACUCUGCCUUGUUCUUGUUGAAAGCCCAAAGGCCAUUUUUUAGCUUUAAGUUCUGUAGUUUGCGCAUUCAUCUUAACAAAAUUGGUUCUGAAUGUUUAAGUUAUGCACCUGGUGUCAUUACUGGCCACACCCAGGGUUCACAGGUUUGGUAAACAUAAAUUUGGAAAGGUUUGAAAAUCUUUUUGUGUGUUCGUGCAUCCAUCUCAGCACAAUUGAUUGUGAAUGUUUGUUCAAAUUGAUCAAUGUUGUCCUAGGAUGCCCUUGACUUUGACCUUUUGACCAACUUUUUUUAACUUUUAAAACUACAGAAAAUUUUACUAUGAGUACAGUUUUGAAAGCAUUUUUUUUUUUUGUCAGAUGACUUUUACUUGGCACAUAUUAAAGUAGUUCAUGCAACUAAUCUGCUUACAAUACUUUCUGGGAUCAGAUGUUGAACGUGCUACGUUUUCAGGUAACCCAAACACAAAACAUAAACUAUAUGUCUGUUGCCUUUUACCCAUACAUACAUGCUCUGGAUUGAUAUGACCACAAAAGCCAUGCCAGUAGAGCAUAGGCCCUUUUGGGCCUCUUGUGUUGAUAAAUAAUGACCUAUCGAUUAACAUUUGGCCAAACUCAUGGGAAAAGAUCAGGCCUCUGACUAAGUGAUAUGCACCUACAUGUUAUGAUCCUGUAUACAAAUUAUGCAAAUGAACUGCAUGAAGCAGAAAUGUGUCCGUUUAUGGUAAAUUUUCAAUUAUAGGUUUGUGGCAUCAUAGUUUGUCUGACCUCCACAAGAAACUAAGAUGUCAUAUUGUUUCCAUACCUCAUAUUUAUUGUAUGUCCCAUUUAUACAAGUCGUGGUUCAAAUGCAAAUCUUUCAUAGACUAUCUUUAAUGAUGCCACAUUCUCUUAUGUAUUGGCAGUUUAUUACAAAUCAAGAACAUCUAAUGGUAAUUAAACUUGGUUUAGUGUAUACAGGUAUAUGCAAGUCAAUCAUAGUAAAAGUCUUCACUAUUUAUAACCCUUAGUUGUUGCUAUUGUCUAAAAGAAUUGUUACUGGGUAGGCUUUUAUUACUAGUGGCAUACGUGUACAUGUUUUGUCAGAUGUUUUUGGUAAUCCUGAUAUUUAUGGCUCUUAAUUAUAUUAAAUUUGAUUAUGUGUAUUUUAUAUCAGUUAUUGUGGUUGUGAUCUUUAUGGAAAUAUCUAACUGUUAUUGUAUUCUGUACAGCUGGCAAUGUUUUUGAGCAUUUUUGAUAUCAAUAAUUUGGAAAUAAAGUUUCUAGCUUAA